AUGACCGACAUCAGCAGCCAGCGAGAUGAGUUGCAGAAGCAGCUUCAGACGCUCAACGUGCUCGAGUUUGAGCUGAGAUCCCUGAAGCCCAAUGCGCAAGUCUACAAUGCCAUCUCGACACCGCUCGAGACGCCCUUGAUAGCACAUUCCCAUGGUCAGACGGCCAUGUUCCCCAAUCUCGAUGCAAAGACCGCAUUGGAGGACGUUCAAAAACAGAAAAAAGUCUUGCUAGCCAACUUGCAACAGCUCGAGCAAUGA